CCUACUUUUGGGUAGGGAUAUGUCUGGGAGCCAUAAAACAAGAUGGUGUUCAUGUUCUUGUUCUUGUUCGAAGAAGAUGGUGAAGUAUGGAAGAAGGCCUCUUCCUGAUCUCAAUUAUCCCCCUCCUCCAGACUCUGACGAAGAAUCAUCUCCAUCUCAUCCCAAUUACGAUAAGCUUCAUCUUCAGGGGAUUGCUCAUGAAAACAGUUCUGCUGUUGCAUCUAGGAAGCGUAAGAUGGAAGAGAGGGAGAGUGAGAGUGAGAGUGAGAGUAGUAGCUCCCACCGGAUCAAAGUAUUCUGGAACAUGCUCAUGAAUUAUAUCAUACCCAAUCCCAACAAGAAGAAGAAGGUUGAAACUGCACACUGACUCCAGCUCUGUCUUUAAAACCUCUUCCACAACAGAGUCAUAUGUUUUCCAAUCAUGUUUUUUGCUUCUUUCUCUGGGUCUGUGUUGUAUCACUUUCUGUUGUCUCACUAUGUUGAAAGAGGACAGUCGUUGUAUUUUAUAAUAAAUUGAGUAUUUUUAUAUACUCUUUUUUUAUAAAUUUUGUUGUUUGG